GUAAAAUUAUGUCGGUCCUUUAUGACUUAAGAGAUAAGUUAUCUCACGUCACUUUGCAAGUCUCUAAAGAAGAAUUCAAAUCAGAAGUAAAAUGACUUAUUAUCAAAGUGGUCUACUAAUUUUACUGUUGGCUUUAUCUAAUAUUCAAAUUGUUUACAAUGAAGAUGACACAUUAUGGUGUUAUGAAUGUAAUACAAACUUGAAGAAGGAACGAACACAAGAAUGCAACGAUCCUUUUGCAGGACGAUCUGGAGAUUUAAUUCAAUGUUCUCAAAAUGGAUCUCAACAAUGUCUCAAAAGUAUAAUUACAUACAAAUCGAGGCAUACAACAGUGAGAGGUUGCGUUUCGUCGAGUAAAAUCGAAAAUUACUGUAAUUUCAAAGAUUUCUAUCCAGACGCUGAAAUCGAGUGUCACUUUUGCUCCAGCUAUGGUUGUAAUUCAUCAAUAUCAUCAAUUUGCAACAAUUUUAUAAUUUUCGUAACAAUUCUUUUAAUAUUUAAUUUAAACGUUUUACUAGAUUUUUAACAAUUCAGCAAUAAAACAAAUCUUGGAAACAAUAAAUUUUUUUUAUAAU